AUGUAUUCAAUUAAAACAGAACCUUAACCAAUUGCAAUAGUUAAUUUAUAAAUGAAUGAUAAAGAUGAAGAAAUAAGAGUUUAUGAAGGGGAAAAUGUAGAAUAUAUUGUUAGAUUAUUUUGUUAACAAAAUUAAUUGGGAUAAGAUUGUGUUCUCUAUUUAAUAAAUCAAAUAAAUGAAUAAUUACAAAGAGAAUCUUCUCCUAGAUUUGGAGAAAGUUUUGGUUAAAAUAAUAUAUCUCAUUAAUUACUCUAACCUAGUUAUAGUUAAUAAAGUGACUUUGCUUUUACAACCUAAGAUAGUAGUGUUGAUGAAAAAUUAAACUCAGCAUAAAAAAGUUAUGAAAAAUGGUAAUAAAUCAUAAAUAAAAAAACAGAUCUAAGAUUAUUAAAUAAUGUAAAUUAAAAUACAGUUUUAUGGAAUGUUCCUAGUUCAGCCAGAAGUAAAUAAUUUUAAAUUUAAUAUAGCUUUCAACGAUAAUAAAAAAAUCUCAAUAAAUGAAAAACUUUAUCGAGAUGGUUUGGAUAAGUAAAAAAUAAAAUUAGAAAAGACUCAAUAAUAUAAACUCUAAAAAUCUUAAUUAGAAUAAUAAUAAGCUACUUUCUAACCUUUAAUAUCUCCUAGAUCAAGAUAGAUGGCAGAGUUAAAAAAAUUAAGUAGACCUGAUUGUUCUGUUAAUAAUAUUGGAACUCAAUUAUAUUAAAAGGGUUUGGAUUUGAAUUUAAAGAAAGAAAAACAUCGUAUGUAAAUUUAAGAAUAGGAAAGACAAUUAUCUCCUUUUAAACCUAAAAUCAUGGAAACAAGUAGAAAUCAUUCUCAAAAUAGAUCAAAUACUCCAAUUCAUGAAAAACUUUAUUGUUAAGCUCAUGAAGAUAAGAAAAAAAAAAAAGAAUUUUAAAAUAGAGAGUUUUCUAAAAUUCAUCCAUUCCAUCCUAAUUCUUCAAAAAAUGAAAUUAAACACACUCCAAUUUAACAAAAGAAAUUAAUUGAUAAAUUAGUAAAGGAAUAAGAAGAAAAAUAAAAAAGAAUAGAGAAAAAAAAGUAACCUUAAGAUUUUAUUUAUUAGACAAGAGUACUAAAUUCAAACUUAAAAUUAAGUCACUUUCAAACCAAAUAUCAAUAAAGAUGCUACAUAUAAGAAGGUUAGUUAAAUUAAAGAACAUGAAGAUCUUAAAAUUGCCAUUGAUUUAUAAAAAAUGCAAUCAUGUUUAUAUAGCAAGAAUUCUUUUAAUUAAUCUGAAAAAAGAAUUUAAUCAUAAUAAAGUUCUCAAUCCUUAUUUGAUUUGAAUAUUUAGAGAAUUUUCAAUCAAUUAGAUAAUGAUAAGGAUGGAUUUAUCAGCAAAGAUAAUCUAAGUCUAAAUGAAUUGGAUUUUGAGACUAUGAAAAUUAUUGAAGUGGUUUUAAAUUAAAUUGAAGAAGACUCAUAUACAGAGAUUAAUUUAAAAGGAUUCAAGAAACUUUGUGAAAUGCAUCAUUUGCAUUAAUAAUUAAAUAGUUUAUGA